AACAUGGACACCGAGGUGAUGGAGACGGACAACAAGCAAACUACAGACAAUGACUUUUCUACAAGCACGUCAGAGGAGACGAACCAGCAGACAUCAAUCAGCCGAGAGGUUUUCGGAAGCUGCGGUCGGGUCAAAGUCAGGCCGAAACUCAGCUCAACAAAAAGCUUCCCUCCUUACAGUCAGCGUGUUGGAGGACUCGGCCAGGACCGAGAGUGGGACGAGAACCCUCAACCCAGCAUCGCCUGCAAUCCGAGUCCCAGCUGUGAAGACAGAAAUGCUGAGGAGUUGAAUACAGGCUGCACAGAGGAAGAGCUGCCAGCAACAAGGAGGAUGAGGAGGAAGGAGAAGUUAGAGAGCAGCCACGAAGGUGACACAGACAGAUGGAAAAGAGGGAAAAUAAGUGUGAGAAGAAGCGUGGAAGAGACCGAAAGAAACAAGGGGUGUGACGAAACAGAGUGGGACAAGCCAAGAAAGGCAGACUGGAAACUGCACGGGGACUUAGAUUCUGAGAGGGAAGCAAGGCAUCCACAGAAGAAGACUUCUCUAAAUUCGACAACAGAGGGAGAGGGUGAAGAGAACCACAGAGGGAUGCGAGAAGAACGCUUAGAAAGCUAUCAGCGGCCUUCCCCGCAUCCCACUCUUUCCAAACUUUUUCACUCCUCUUCCAACUCCUCCUCGUCCUCCAUCAGUCUCUCCUCGCCGGAGAGUGAUGAGGUCUUCAGUGAGGCAGAGGACGCCAGCUCAAAGAGGAAGUCCUUCAGAAAGUGUCGCUCCUGGAAAACCUUUCUAACCAUGAUGCACUGGUCAGUGCGGUGGCAGAGCUCCUGGGUGCAGCUCGCUGGACAUCAAGGUAACUUCCAGCUGAGUGAGGGAGGAGAGGUGCUGAAGCUGUAUAGUGAAGCAGAAGCAAAAUGCCUAGACUACCUCAUGAGAGACCCAUUGAGGCCGUUUGUCCCGCAGUACCACGGUUUGGUCACUAGGGGCGAGCAUAGCUACAUUCGCCUGGAGGACCUGCUGAGUGGCCUGAGGAGGCCAGUCAUCAUGGACUGCAAAAUGGGAGUCAGAACAUACCAAGAGGAGGAACUGUUAAAGGCACGAAACAAAGCCACACUGCGAAGCGACAUGUACUACAAGAUGAUGAAACUAGAUCCGACAGCGCCAUCAGCAGAGGAACACACACAGAAGGGGGUAACCAAGUGGCGCUACCUUCAGUGGAGGGACACAACCACUUCAACAUCUACGCUGGGCGUCAGGAUUGAGGCCAUCAUGAUGGAGGAUGGAAGUGUCCAACGGGACUUUAGGAAAAUUCUGACUUUAGCGCAGAUCACAGAGGCUUUGCUGUUCUUCACUGGGAGUCAGCUGCACAUCCUGAAAGCUUACCAUUCUAGACUACUGGCCCUGAGUGAUGCAUUAAUAAAUUCAGCAUUCUUCAAAACCCAUGAGGUGAUUGGUAGUUCGCUUCUCUUCGUGCAUGACCACAGCAGCAAAGCAAGUGUCUGGAUGAUAGACUUUGGGAAGACGACCCCUGUGCCCGAUGUCACUGAGAUCCGACAUGACAUCCCCUGGUCCGAGGGCAGCAUGGAGGACGGGUACCUCAUUGGUCUGACCUCCCUCACCACUUCUCUGGACAAGGCCAUCAGUGUGGCAGCUGUGGAGGAGACGAGAAUGUUUAAUGCUGUGGACUGAUGAAUCACUGUAGUGAAAUGUUGUGGUCAU